CUUACAAAACAAAAUGAAAAAAAAGAAGAAAAUACCAAAACAAAGACAAAAUGUUUAGCAUCUUUAACUAAAUAAAGCUAAAUGCAACAGCUCUUCAUUAAAUUAUCUGAUUAUCAUCACUACUUCCGGGUUUCUAACUUGCAACUGUAUUAAGUUCUGACUUCUGAGGCUAAAAAUAAAAGCGUGUUGGAGGUCGACAGAUCACAACACGGCAAAGAAACAGAUUUUAAUUUAAUCAACUUCAUCAAACAUUUAAACCAGCUUUUUAAAAACUACAAAUGUGAACACCAGGCUCCAUAACAGCAUGGUCAGCAAUGGUUGUUGCACUGUGGGAAGAAGCAGCUGGACAGAUGGAUGAAGUGGCUGCAGCACAUUUCAUCUCACCACUUAAUAUUCCAGAUACGACACGCACCACAUGCCUGGUCAACAGGAAAUUAAAGAUCUUCAUCGCCACAAUGUCGACAGAGGAGCUAGCAAAAAAAGAAAAGAAACAGAAAACAAUCCCUGUAGAGAGUAUGACCUAUGACUGACCCACAGAUGGGAGAAAAUGCACUUUUUUCAUCCCAAACAGGAGAUUUUAGCUCCCUCUCCUGCGUUUGCUCUAAUCCGGUAACACUCCCUCUAGUGUUGCAGAAUCUGAGAUAAAGACGCUCUGAUCUGUGCUUCUGUCCCUCGGAGCAGGACUCUGCAUCGAGCGUCUCUGUCUCGUUAUAAUGGAAGAGGUGAGCGAACACCAGCAGCGACGCUCAACACACUGGGAGGACCGUCACACAGCGGAGUGUUUUCAUGUUUGACUUAAUGCUGUGAGCCUGCAUCUGGAAAAUAAAGCGAAACCAAACAGGAAGCUUUUCUUCCUGUCGUCAUGGUGGUCACGGUCUACAACAUCUCGUCCACCUCGGCCAGGGUGACGUGGCCCGCUUCCCCCGCCUGCCUGGACACCUUCUACAGCGUCAUGUACGACCCCAACUGGAACAGCCUCAUCAUGGGCUACAAGCGCAAGAGCUUCAAGCACGAGGAGCGCAUCCCUGUCAGCCAGACCGCCACCUACCUGGGCAACCUGCUGCCCCAGACCGCCUACUUCCUGUGCGUGACGUGCCAGGCCGCCGACCCCGUCCGGGAGCAGUGCCAGGUGUUCAGCACGCCGAGCGAGAGCAGCGAGGGCCACGACCGGGCGGGCUGGGAGGUGGCGGUGGGCGUGUGGCUGACCUGCUGCCUGCUGCUGCUGGUCAUUGCCGGCGUCCUGCUGUGGGGCUGCCUCCACAACAUGUGCUCCCUGCCGGGCCGCGCCGCCGAGAGCCGCCCCGUGGUGACGUCCUCCGCCCGCCGGGACAUGUCCAGUUCGGGACAUCUGUUCCAGGCCAGGAGCAGCAGCAGCGAGGAGAGCAUCAAGCGGGCCGCCGCCAUGCAGACGUCGCUGAUGCUGGCACAGCCGGGCGGCCAUGUAAUUACCCCGGAGCAUGAGGGCUGAGCCGGCUGACAGAGAGCCGGCAUUAAUCGAGCGGAUUGAGGUCACCACGGUAUUGUUCCGCGCCCCCCGCCGACCCCGAAUGAAUUAUCACCGAACGUUUUACCCGCUCAAUGAAAAUCCUAUUUGUGCUUACAGGGAUAUCGUCAUAGCAACCAUUCAUAACAAGACAGUUUGAAUCAUUUUAAGUAAGUUAACUUAAACAUACAAGCUGAUAUAUAAGUUGCAUUGACGGCAGCAGUGGGAAUGGGACCAAUCACCCAUUCCCACUGAAGGGCUUUUCAGCUUUAACCUUUUAGACCAAUAUUUUAUUUAUUUAUUUAUUUUUUGCAGAGAGGCGUUUUUGCUAAACAUUUUGCACAAGACAUAAGAGACAUAAAACUCAGCACAAUGUUUCCUUGAAUAAAGUUUCCUUCCCUUUA